GAGUCUAAUUGUCCAUAAACAUACACCCCCCCUCAGUCAUAAUGACAGUUGAGGCUUCAAGCUGAAAAGUGAAAAUAAAAACCACGGCAGGAAUACAAUGUUGAUUCUUUGCCUUCUCCAUCAGGUGGCACUGUUGCCUCAUCGAUGUACAACACAACGUCAAACGUGAUCUGACGUGAACGAGUCCAAACUUACCUGUUUUGGUAAAUAGGUCAAACUUGGACCCGAGCUGUUUCUUAGCAACACAGUUCCUCUCACGAAUCUGUACCCACUAACACUCGUUACUGUAUGAUUGGAUUAAAGAAGUCCUGUGUUGGUAAAUAUAAUAUAUAGAUAUGAGAAUUAAAAAGAGUAGCAUAUGGUAUACUGAGAAUCUGUCAGCCAUCACCAUUUCACUGGUAUGGUUGAAAAAAGAUACUGCCCUUUUUCUUAUUUUGAUAAGGAAGUGAUUUUAGUCAAAUUGAUUUCAUAUUAUAGUGAAGAUGCUGUCAAACCGUGCAGUGCACUGAUGUCUGCCUUCAUAGUUUUUUUUAGCAGGUGAAACAAAAAUGUUUUAAUUUUUCAAAACUCCACCACAAGCCAGCUGCACAUGUUUUCAUAUCCAACAAUGAAAAUAGAUUCACAAGUUACUGCAGUGUGAUGCAACUGUAACAUUCUGCCUGUGUACAGGAAAUAUUUCAGACUUCCUCCUCAGUGCACCCACGGAAACAUAAGCCACAUUCAUACCACUGUAUGAAGACACUGACAACUCUACACACGCAGAGAGACUGCUGUGUACACUGUGUGAUAUACUUCUGAAAAGAUUUCAUGAUGAGGUGUUGCAGGGGAGGUCUGCUUCUCUGUCUGAGUUUACUCCUGCACAGCGGAGAGGCCAAAGUGCUCACUGAAGCACAGUCCGGGCCCCUGUAUCGUGUGUUGGGCGCUCCACUCUCCAUCUCCUGCAACGUGAGCGGCCUUGCAGGCGACAACACUCAAAAGGAAUUCGAGUUCCGUAUCAAGAAGCCCGCAAAUCCAACGUUCGAGAUCAACAUCAUCUGUACUUCUGACGAAAGCUUUGCGUAUGCCGUAUAUGGCCAACGUGUGGCACGCAAGGAGAUUACUCUGAAACACGUGUCUCCAAACUCCGUCAUCUUUGAGAUCCAGAACCUGCAGAAAGGUGAUGAAGGGGACUAUGAGUGCGCUGUGAUCAACACAGAAUCUGUUUACGAUGGAACCUACAAUGCUGAGACAACAGUUAAAGUGAUUGACAACUCCUUAAGUGUGUCAUCACCUGUCUCCACAUCGCUGAGCUAUAACGAGGGUGAUGCUCUCACUCUAACGUGCCAAGCCUCCAGCAACACCAUCCAGCACACCCAUCUGUCUGUGGCCUGGUAUCUCCAGAAAGACGGGGAGGAGGACGCUCGGACAAUCAUUUCUCUGGACAGGGAUUUCACCCUGAGUCCAGGCCCGGCGUUUGAAGGCCGUUAUCAUGCUGGACUCAUAAGGUUAGAUAAAAUGGGAGAGGCCACAUACAGGCUGCAGAUGGCUCAGCUGGAGCUGUCAGACCAAGGCAGGAUCUACUGCCGGGCUCAGGAGUGGAUCCAAGAUCCUGACCGCUCCUGGUAUGCUAUCACACAGAAGGAUGCGGAGGAAACUACGCUAAAUGUCAAAGCCAGAGAAGUGGUGCCAGACACGUCGUCUCUGGUAGUGAGAAUUUCAACACAGCAGACAACUCUGCAGGAGGGGCAGGAGCUGUCGCUAUCCUGCAAUGUAGACGCUCACAGUCUGCAGGAAAGGUUUCUCUCUGUAGCCUGGCUCCGGGGAAGUGUUGAGCUGGCGCGCAUCGGACCUGCGGGCAUUCUGUCUGUGGGAGCCGAGUAUAGUGGCCGAGAGAAAGAAGGAGAGCUCAGGGCCGCCCGGAUCGGGGACACAGAGUACCGUCUCAAACUGCAGCCUGUCAGAACUGAGGACCAGGGGGAAUAUUUCUGUCGGGCAUGGCCUCAGGACAGAGGCCAGGAUGGUGCCUUUACAGAAGGAGCAGCGCAGACUUCUAUCCCCCAGCUGGUCAGCAUCUCAGCCACAGAAAGUGAGCUCUCAGUUGAAAUGCAACAAGACGUGAUUGUUGACGAAGGUGACAGGCUGAAGCUCACCUGUAAAGUGGAUGGGGUUAAAAGUCAACUCUCUGUCACCUGGCAACGUCAUUCCACGUCAACAGCCUCGUUUAAAAACAUCAUCAGACUAAGUCGGGAGGGUGUCAUUGAGAUAGAUGGGGACUUAAUGAGUCGCAGAGUGAGGGCAGCACGUCCAUCGACCAACACCUUCACUUUAGAGCUGGAGGAGGUCACACCGUCUGAUUCAGGCAUCUACCAGUGUUAUGUGUCUGAAUGGAAAGCAAACAGCAAGACCCACAGCCAGUUACAAACUAGCACUGUGACAGUGAGACCCAUAGAGUCAUUUGUGAAAGUGAAUCUGAUCAAUCGCAACCACAUCGUGACUGUUGGAGAAAAUGUGGAGUUGUUGUGCCGGGUCCGAGGGCCACGUGUGCCACGUGUACCGAUAACUCUGAGUUGGAGCCUGCAACGCGAUGCCUCGACCAUAGACAACAUCCUGACGCUGUCCUGGAAUGGUGAAAUCAGCUGGUCUGGAGACCAGCAUGUCUACCAGUUGAAAGUAGAAAACAAAGUGAAAGAGGUCGCUCACACUCUGCUGAUCAACGGUGCCAGCCACAGAGAGGCAGGAACCUACCAGUGUCAGGCGUCUGUCUUUUUCGAAAAUGUUCACAGGAAACUGCCUCCAUCCAAUGCAGUGGCUGUGAUGGUGGCGAACCCAGUGAGCAAACUCAGUCUGACCUCCCCUCCCACUUUGAAGAGAAAUAUAAACAGUGACAUAGAAAUAAAGUGUUCAGUUAUCUCGGAGCCCUUUGCAUCCUCUCGCUAUGCCGUUACCUGGCUGCACCAGCAACUGGAAGAAAAAAAGACCAUUGUAAGCUCGGACCGGGAUGCCCUCAUAACAUUUGGGACCCGUGUGGAGCCAAGCGACAGACAACGAAUCAGCAUGAGGCGCAGCAAGGGUCCAAGUUUUGAGUUGACUAUUCGGCAAGCUCAGAUCUCGGACAAUGGCUCGUACACAUGCGAGGUUGUGGAGUGGCUACAAGAUCCUCGUGGUAACUGGUAUCAGCUCUCUCCAAAGUCAGAAAUCACCGAAGUAAAUCUUAUUGAGCCUGCCAACGAUCUUCGUUUAGAAGUGACAGAGCAGCAGCAGUUGAUUGCCAGAGAGGGAGACGAUGUGGAACUCAAGUGCAACAUCCUCUCUGGUGCAUUCAGUCCUUCUGUCCUGUACAACAUUGCCUGGAUCUACACUGGAGGAGGUUCCUCCAUGACAAAUGUCCUCUUAGUAGAGCUCGAUCACAUGGGUUUGCUGUGGUACCCUAAGAGGGCGCUCAGAGAUCUGCAGGGGCGGCUUCGUCUCACCAGACCCACACAGAGCAGCUUCUACCUCAGAAUUCAGAGGGCCCGUGAGGGGGAUAGCGGGAUGUACCAGUGCCGGGUGGAGCAAUACCAGCUGGAUCGUGAAGGUCACUGGCAGCAAAAGGCUUCAGAGAGUGCAGGUCCUAUCUCGCUGACUGUAAAAGUUGCUGAAAAAAACCUGUCCAUUGUAAAGGAUGAGUUGGAGCUAAAUGUGAGCAGAUCUCAGGACUUCACCAUCCCUUGUCACAUCAUGGGACAAUCCAGUAAUGAAUCUGAGUUCCAGGUCACAUGGUUUUGGCAGAAGGAAACAAGAAUUCGUUCCAUAUUCGUAGCUUAUCGAAACGCUACCCUACAAAACAUGUUUGACAAGGGCCAUCAGCUAAGAUUUGACCACCCUGUACCCAACCAGUUCAGCCUUUCGGUCUCCAAGCCAGGUCCUGAAAACAGCGGCUUGUAUUACUGCGAGGUAGAGGAGUGGCUGCCCUCUCUGUCUCAUGGAUGGUGGAAGGUUGCGGUGGAAACGUCUGGACACUUGACUGUCAAUGUCUUUACAGAAGGAGAAGGUGUGUCCGAGCCCCAUUGCAAGUCAGGUACCUGGAUAGGGAUUCUUGUACCGCUUGUCAUAUGCUCACUUUUGGUGAUAUCCCUGCUGGUGCUGAAGAUAUUCCGGACCAAUGCCUCAAGAGGAAAGAAGUCAGGCGAAUCUCUUUGGACAGAGGGACAUGCGCUGAAUACCAAACUCGGUGCAGAGGAUUGAGUCUCAAUCUGCUACGCUCUCCUCUCCACUCGUGGCAGACAAGUGUCUGUGUAGCAGAGGAGCUACAUUCUUAUUUUUUUCAAAUAUAGUAUAUGCAAUAAUGUUUUAAAACUGAAAAUGUUGCUCUUUACAUUAUUAUUAUUCAUUUGUAUUCAAAGAUAUAAUCCGUUGAUGUUGUUCCCUGAGAAUAGUUUAAAUUUGCCUUAAUAAAGUUAUGAUUUUUUAUUA